UGCAUCGUUUCGCGAAGGUAAGCGCGAGCGCGAAAGAUGAGAGAAAAAUACGUGCGUGCGUCUCGGGCGAGCGUGGAUCGCGGAGAGAAAAAGAAAAAAGGAAACUGUAUAAGAAACGCUUCCGGAUGCGGACACUCUAAUCUCGAUCAAUUCUCGCGGCUAGAUAACGAACGUAAGAGCUCUGACGUUCGUGUGCACGCUGAGAAGCCGAUUCGAGAGAUUGCUAUGGAAAUCCUGGCUUCUUUCGCUGCCAGUGUGAUUCAGCUGACGGGACGAAUUGAGUUACUGAAAGAGGAAUAAGGUUUUCCUUUUAGGGAAGGAGGAAGGAGGGUAGAGAAAUUAGAAUUAAUUUUCUUCGUUAAAAUUUCUUGCAGUGAGAUGAGAUUGUAGUUUGAGGUGGUGAAGUGUAAUUAAAAUAACAAAUUGGCGACGUUCUAGAUUAAGGGAUUGGAAACGUUGAAUAAAAAUUUUUCUAGAGCAGCGAGACGAAAAUCUCGUCGAGUACACCAGUGUUUCCCAAUCUAGAAGUGUGACCUACAACAGAGAGGAGCCUAGAAGCUUAUCAACUGAGUAUAUUUACCUUCCAUCGUCUCAAGUAUACCACUCACUUGGCUUAACAAGUCCCUGCGUUUAAAUUUGCAUUCAAGAAAAAGCGUUCAUGGUCGUCGAGAUUUAAAAGAGGUUUAAAUCUCCUCGCUCCUGUUGCAUCGAAUGUUAAUUAACGAGAGUGUAUAUCGACGCUGCUCUCCGUCGCUUCGGAAGAAAUUGAGAAUAUAGAAAGUAACCGAGGGAGAAGAAUCGACGCACUGUUGCGGCUGGGAACUAUAGUCGGGCUGUGAAGCAGAGGUAAACCUUAUCGAUGAUUUCAAAGAAAAACCUGAAAAACGCGAGGACUCGACAAACACUUCACGUUGAUGUGUCAAACAUGAGAUAAGCAAUUUGGCAUGUUAAAUUAUCGUAAGUCUAAGGGCAGGCUCCCCUUUGUUAUAAAAUGAGAACUACCUAGGGUUUAGAGAAUCAUGUGCUUUGUUAACCGUGAAUCAAUUUUGGGAGCAGCUGCUUUCCGUGAAACUACGUAGAAAUAAUUAAAAAAUUAAUCUUUCCAAAACGUUUCGGCGUUAAAUUAAACAGCAUCUAACAAAUCCUUACGCAAGAUAUGAUUGUGCAACGUUCGACUAUCACAACCCAGUCACAGGAGAAUCUUGGCAAUAGAUUUUGUUACCGCUAUUGAAAAUUCGCUCGAAAGAUGAUAAAUGUCCAGUUUGCGAAGUAAAAAUAAGUAUCGCUGCGCGAUGUGCGAGACAAAAACUACGAGACUCCUAAGAAGUUGUCGAAAUAUUUACGAUCACAGACUCUGCGAUGUAGAAGCAAUUGCUACAGUUUACAAGCAUCCAGAUGUUACAAAGAUUUGCGAAUACAUUAAAGACAAAUUUUACUUCGCCACGUUGGCCAAUGACCGAAAAAAUCCAAGAAGUAACUCGAGCAUUCAUUUCUUUACCAUCGACGACGAACUGAUUUACAACAAUUUUUACAGCGACUUUGGCCCUUUGAAUAUCGCUUGCCUAUACAAAUACUGUUCCAAGGUAAACAAAAAACUUCAAAGUCCGGCGCACAAGGACAGACAAAUUGUGCAUUACACUUCGCAACGAGAUCACAAAAGAGCCAAUUCCGCUUAUUUGGUAGCUUCUUAUGCCGUCUUGUACCUAAAUAAAAGCCCGAGGGAAGCUUACAACGCUCUCUUCAUGGGAGGCGACGUACCGAUAAAACCGUUUCAAGAUGCAUCUAUGGGGACUUCCAUCUAUACUAUCCAUAUAUUAGAUUGUCUGAACGCGCUUCAGAAAGCAGGCAGCUACGGUUUCUUCAAUUUCAACGACUUUGAUCUGGUCGAAUACGAGAAGUACGAGGACAUGCGAAACGGUGACUUGAACUGGAUGGUGCCCCAAAAAUUCCUAGGCUUCGUUGGUCCCAGCACCGAACCUGGGACCCCUUACAAUCCUCCAGAGUGUUACAUCGAUUAUUUCUUAAAAAACGGAGUCACCGCUGUCGUCAGACUAAAUAAAAAGACUUACGAUGCGUCCAGAUUCACCAAAGCUGGCAUCACGCAUUACGAAAUGUUCAUGCCAGACGGUACCGUUCCACCCAGAAGAGUUUUGAAUCAAUUUCUCUCGCUCAGCGAAAACACCACCGGACCGAUAGCAGUUCAUUGCAAAGCUGGUCUCGGAAGAACAGGUUCCCUAAUUGCGGCAUACUUGAUAAAACAUUACAAAAUGACGGCCAGAGAAGCUAUUGCUUGGAUAAGAAUUUGCCGACCCGGUUCUGUUAUCGGGCACCAACAAACGUGGUUGGAGAACAUUGAAAAGAAUUUGCUCCACGCAGGCAGACAGUACAAAUUGAAGUACUAUGGCGAUGACAACGUGAUACUUCGCCACAAAUUGGGAAUAUACUCGGUAGCAGAUAAACUUGAAAGAAGAAUGCGCGGUUCUUCUGAUAAUGGAUGUACAGAAUCCAACAAGGACGAGAAUCGGCCGUUGGAGAAAACGAACAAGACGAAAUUCACGAGAAUUUUAGGAAAAUUAAGGAACAUCAGAGCAACGGAGAAUUCUGAACGCGAAUCGCAGAAAUAUAAGGACAACGAUCCACGAGCCAUGACACAAGGAGACAGGUUAAACGAAAUUAAAAUGAACAGGUACAAACUGUCGCGGAGCAUCGAACCACAGCAAAGUUACAUCGCCCGUGGACUCGACAGUUUAAGAAGCCCUCGCAAAAGGAAAUAAAAGAG